CCAUUUGAUCACACUAUUUAUCUUCUUCAAUUUUUUUUCUUCAAACAAAGGUAUGUAAUUUUAAAUCUUAAAUAAGAACAAAUUGCAACUUGUUUCUAUGAGUGGAUUAAAAAAACUUGAUAGACAACUACUUUGAUUUUUGUUCUAGCUAGAGUUUUGUUAUUAGUGGGUAAAUUUGUUUUUUUCUUUAUAUAUUCUUGAUGAUAUUAAAAAAUGCAAAUCAUAUGUUUGUGAAAAUGCCUCAAUGAACUAACUUUAUUAAAUUAGAUUGAGAUUUUCAACUCAUAUACAAUAUGUGAUGCUGCUUAUGGUUUGAUAUUUGAAAUGAAUAUUUACAUUGUUUGUACUACUUCAUUAUAUUUUUUUGUUAAAAAAAUAUAUUGGAUAUGUGAUGAAGGGUGUACAUAUUAGCUUAGUUUUAUAAUUGAUAUGUUAACAAUCUUGUUUUUAUUGAAGAUUACAGUCAUGGUGCAUAAUCACUUCAAGUCAAUUUCCUUAGACUCAUAUAUUCAAAUAGAUCUUAUAAUAGUGUUUGGGUAAUGAUAUUUUUAUGUAAAUUUGCUUUCUAUUAGCGUUUUUAGGUGGAUCGACUGUCCAAUUAGCCAAGCUCAACCCUUAUACACUCUAUUUCUUGGAUUCCAUGGCACGGACAAAAGUACCAAGCAUUAGAGAUUCACAACAACCGAUUCAACGACGGUUGAUUAUUCACGAAUCUAGUCCGGAGUCGUGCUCGAAAUCAUCGGAUUCUAGUGUGCCACCAACACCUCCAGCAAACACAACAAUGACUCAAUCUAAUAAUGAGGUACAUAAUGAAGAAGAGUCAGUGACAUGUUCUAAGAAACAAUCAGAAUCACAUGUUGAUGAACAAUCAAAUUCUUCCUCUGUGCCACGACAGAAUACACUUCCAAUCGAAAAGAUUCCUCGAUUGAAGCCUAUAUUAGAGGAGAAUGAACACUUUGAGUGCAAGAUAGGUGUAAAAAGUAAAGUGGAUGAUGUCACAAAACUUAUCAAUGAUGUACUAAAGAAUGACCCGACCAACUUAAAAUUGUUCAAGGAAUCUCCACUCGGCCACUUUCUUGAACUUAAGAACUAUGAACAUUCAAAUCAAGUGAUGUGGUUAUUACUCAUUUAAGAAGCCGACUAUGAUAGAGAAUCAGAGAUGUGGUUUGUUGUUAAUGAGGUACCGAUCUGAUUCUCGUUGAUGGAGAAUGCAUUAAUAUCUGGGCUAAAAUGCUCAGAAUAUCCAAAAGGUUGGAAAAGUCAAGUUAAGUCAAACACAUUUAGAGACAGACACUUUCGUGGGAAAACAAUAGUUAGCAUUGACGAUGUGAAGGCCAAAUUUACACAAAUGUCCAACCCAAACCAAAAUAAAAAAAGGUCAAAGGAAUGUAAAUGUAUAGCCAAGCUCUACUCAUAUCAGUUGAGUCAUAUUGUAAAGGUUCUACCAAACUCAACCAUGUAUAGUCGAGCUCUACUCAUGUCAGUCGAGCCAUAUAGUAAAGGCUCUCAAAACUCAACCAUGUAUAGUCGAGUUCUACUCUUAUUAGUUGAGCUAUACUGUAAAGGUUCUACCAAACUCAACCAUGUAUAGUCGAGCUCUACUCAUGUCAAUCAAGCCAUAUAAUAAAGGCUCUCAAAACUCAACCAUGUAUAGUCACAUUGAUUAAGAUUCAAUUAUUCUUAUCAAACACAUUGUCACGUC